UAAGGCGUACAUGCAGCUUCCUGCGCAUCUCCACCGCUGUUAGCGUCGUUUCUGAGCCCGAUGCAGCGCUAAACCCCAACUUUUAUUUUGUGCCCUAGAUCUGCCGCUCAAGAAGCUGCCUCAGCGCGCGUUGGUGACUUUUAUUCAUCCAAAACGGACGUCGUUUAUUUGAUCGUUUUUGCCUGGAGGAAGAGAGAAAAACGAACUUUUUACUCCUCAAUGCUAAGAUUUCCGGUUUAACGCACAGCCCACCGAGAAGAACGGAGGACACCGAGAGCGCCUCGGGAGCGGCAUCAAUUUUCAAAAUUUUCUCCAACUUCGGCCCCCAAACAAACAUUAGCAUGAUGUCAUAUCUAAAGCAACCACCUUACACGGUCAAUGGACUGAGUUUAACUACUUCCGGGAUGGACCUAUUGCAUCCCUCGGUGGGCUAUCCAGCCACGCCACGGAAACAACGACGAGAAAGGACUACAUUUACGCGCGCACAGCUGGACGUUUUGGAGGCGUUGUUUGCAAAAACAAGGUAUCCGGAUAUAUUCAUGCGCGAAGAGGUGGCUCUGAAAAUCAAUCUACCUGAGUCUAGAGUACAGGUGUGGUUUAAGAACAGGCGGGCCAAAUGUCGCCAGCAGCAGCAGCAGCAGCAGAACGGGGGUCAGAACAAGGUGCGACCACCCAAAAAGAAAAGUUCGCCGACCAGAGAGGUCAGCUCGGAAAGCGGAGCCAGUGGACAGUUUACACCCCCCACCAGCACCACCACAGUCCCCGCCAUCUCCACCAGCACCGCCCCGGUGUCCAUCUGGAGCCCAGCGUCCAUCUCUCCUCUCUCAGACCCGCUGUCUACCUCCUCCUCCUGCAUGCAGAGGUCCUACCCCAUGACCUACACCCAGGCCUCAGGCUACAGCCAGGGCUACGCUGGCUCCACCUCCUACUUCGGGGGUAUGGACUGCGGCUCUUACCUCACACCCAUGCACCACCAGUUAUCAGGCCCCGGUUCAACUCUCAGUCCCAUGAGCACUAAUGCGGUCACGAGCCAUCUGAACCAGUCCCCGGCGUCCCUGUCCACUCAGGGCUACGGGACGUCCGGUCUGGGCUUCAACUCCACAGCAGACUGCUUGGAUUAUAAGGACCAAGCUGCGUCCUGGAAGCUGAACUUCAAUGCCGAUUGCUUGGAUUAUAAGGAUCAAACAUCCUCUUGGAAAUUCCAGGUGCUGUGAGCAGAGCAACCAGCUGUCACUCUGCACAAAAAGAGAUGAUGACAUGAAAAAAAACCCCGUAAAAUCAGACUGAGGGGGGAGGAUGGGCUCUCAGGGGCCUCGAAUUAGUUUUCUUUUUUUUUCUGGACAUGGCAGUUUUUGCUCCUCCUAGAGGACACGUUUAAUUUAUUUUUUAGCUCUGGCAAAUAUUUUCCCCCAUUCAUUUACUGGUUUCCAUCUCUUAUCCGAGUCUGACAGCGCGUGCCUCUGUGCUUAGAUGUCGAACACCUGUUGAGGGGAAGACGCAGACAGCACAGACGGAACUGAAACUCUGAACUCUGCUGACUGACCUCUUGAGGUGUUUCUGAGGAUACUGUGUGGACAUGGAUGCACUACUUUAUUUAAGGAAAAAAGUGUUUAUAAGGAAUCAAUAUGUAGUUUCUAAGAGACAAUCAGUGUGAGACUUAAAGAAAUGGUACUUAUGUGUUUUUUUAAUCUGUGCUAGCCUUUAAAACUGUGAUCUGUUGUAUUGUACACACUUUGUGAGCCCCGCACGUGUCAGACUCUCUGUUGUGAUUUUAUUAGAUUUCUACUUUUUUUGGACAAAGAAGGAAACUAAAAUUAUCACAACAGAGACGAGAAUUUGCAGACACAUGGUGAUAAACAGAGGGUUAGCCAUGCUGGAAAAGACUCUCGGCUGAUGAGAGCUCUCCACCUCCCACCCCCACCCCCACCCUUCCCUCCCCUCCUCUUCACUCACCCACCCCUCCCUCCCUCCUAUGAUCUCAACACGGUGAUUGUGGAUUCUUCACUGGUUCCCAAAGACGGUGUGACCUCACCCCUCACCGCUGAAAAGACAUGAAUAAAGGUCAUGUGAGCUCACUCUUUCAUCAAGAGAAACGA